GUCCAUCACCAGAGCCUACUACAGGAACUCGGUUGGCGGCCUCCUCCUCUUUGACAUCACAAACCGCCGGUCCUUCCAGAACGUCCACGAGUGGCUGGAGGAGACCAAGGUGCACGUCCAGCCCUACCAGAUCGUCUUUGUUCUGGUAGGUCACAAGUGUGACCUCGACACGCAGCGGCAAGUCACCAGGCACGAGGCUGAGAAACUGGCUGCUGCCUACGGGAUGAAGUACAUUGAGACCUCGGCCCGGGACGCCAUUAACGUGGAGAAGGCCUUCACUGACCUGACUCGAGACAUAUACGAGCUGGUUAAACGGGGGGAUAUUUCCAUCCAGGAGGGAUGGGAAGGGGUAAAGAGCGGGUUUGUCCCCAACGUGGUGCACUCCUCAGAAGAGGUGGUGAAGUCAGAUAGGCGGUGUUUGUGCUGAGCCCCCCAGCGAGGCGAGUGGUGAUGGACUCUACUAACACGUACUGUGCGGAGCGAACGCGGGGGCACCGCGGCGCCCCCCUCGUGAACAGCCCCCUGUUGUUUUGGACACCAGAGCAGACCCCGAGGAAAGAAAUGUUCUGUUCCAAAUAACCCUUCCGAGCUGGGGGCCGCAAACCUGCAGGAGAGCGGGUGAGGGUGCGUGUAGCUGUUGUGAGGGGCCGGGGAGCGG